AUAUGAAUGCAUCAUCAUAAAGCGACAUUCCUUAAUGUACUCCAGGUAAAUAUCACGUUCACUACACAAAUAAGAACAUCAAAUAACCUGAUUAUUUAGAUGACGUUUGAUGAAAAACAACGUAAAAGUAUGAUCAUUGAAAUUUCUACAAACAACAAAUCAGGUCAAUACACAGACAUUUGGCAAACACACUCUCAUAUUAUGUGCACUAUUAUUUUCACUAGUGUUACUUUAAGAACAGUAAUUUUGAUGCAAAUGCGCAUGGUAGAUAAGAAGAAAUGAAAUAGAUACCAUGAUUAUGUUAUAUGUACACACAUAAUCGUGUGUUAAGUUAAUCGAUUACUAAUUUUUAAUAAGUGAUAAUCACAUAUAGGUAAGGCAUUUCAAUGCAGAGCAGAUCAAUACCAGUUCAUGUUCUCAUUAGAUAAGACAAUAUGGAGUAACGAUGGGUUCAACUACCAGAAUGAUUGGUUAACAAUGAACAUAUGAUCUCAUUAAAUUUGAUCUUUUCAAUGAUCACUUUGAAUCAGCGAAUCAGAAUAAAACAACGAAGCACUUUAAAGUCUAUAAAAGCUUGACAAGUUUCAAUAGAAUUUGAUUCCCUACAUUGAACGAAAUGAUGAGGUGAGUGUUGACCAAACUGACGAAGUAAAUCAGCCAGUCAUAUGAACACAAAAACCAUUGUUUCAUUGAUAUGGACCAUUUCACAUACAAAUUUCCAUAUAAUCCGUUGAUGUUGUUCUAUUUCAUCUUGAAACUGUCUUCUCAAUUCUACGACUGCAAAGAAAUCUGUAAAAACCCGGAUUGGAAGAACUAAACACAAGUGAAUUUUGAGAAUGAUUCAUUUCGAUAUAAUACGUCUUAAUCAGCCUCAUCCACUUGUGAAAGGCAGAUUUGUUGAAGUCUCGUUUCAUCAAGUGAGUGGAUCACACUUUGUAAUGGAGCUAUUAAUCCAUAUGUUUACAUCAUUUAAUUCUGUCAAAACACAAAUACUGUUUAAAUAUUAUGAUGAAAAUGCCGACGAAUUUAAUGUUUGCUUUGAAGGUAAGUCAAUAAGUUUCGUUAAACUAAAAUUGUCACUGAGAUUUCUCGGUCGCGUUUCAUUCCAUGAAUCAGUGAUGGUCAAUGUGUUCAGCGAACCAGCUUGAUGCACCUACUGAUAUUCAUAGCUUCUUUACAUGUUUUCACUAACAAAAAUGCCGUUGAAAUACUUGUAUAUAAAAAUACAUGCAAGAUUGGAAUAAAUCACAAUUCGUUUAAGAAAAAUAUCGUCUCUAAACUUCGAGGUUUCGCAAACGAUUCAGAAGAAUUAAUCGCUGUCAGAUGGUGCAAUGAAGCUGUCAAUGUGACUAGGUGCAUAAAGCUGGUUUGCUGAACAAAUUGACCAUCACUGAUUCAUGGAUUGAGUCGCGAUCGAGAAAAGUCAGUGACAAUUUUAGUUCCAAGAAAUUUACUGACAUAGCAAAUCAAGCAUUAAAUCCAUCUGCAUCUUCAUCAUAAUAUUUAAACAGUAUUUGUGUUUUGACAGAAUUAAAUGAUGUAAACAUAUGGAUUAAUAGCUCCAUUACAAAGUGUGAUCCACUCACUUGAUGAAACGAGACUUCAACAAAUCUGCCUUUCACAAGUGGAUGAGGCUGAUUAAGACGUAUUCUUUGUGAGUAAUGGCUACUAGAAUCUGACUGAUUACUUACAUAUCGAAAUGAAUCAUUCUCAAAAUUCACUUGUGUUUAGUUCUUCCAAUCCGGGUUUUUACAGAUUUCUUUGCAGUCGUAGAAUUGAGAAGACAGUUUCAAGAUGAAAUAGAACAACAUCAACGGAUUAUAUGGAAAUUUGUAUGUGAAAUGGUCCAUAUCAAUGAAACAAUGGUUUUUGUGUUCAUAUGACUGGCUGAUUUACUUCGUCAGUUUGGUCAACACUCACCUCAUCAUUUCGUUCAAUGUAGGGAAUCAAAUUCUAUUGAAAAUUGUCAAGCUUUUAUGGACUUUAAAGUGCUUCGUUGUUUUAUUCUGAUUCGCUGAUUCAAACUGACCAUUGAAAAGAUCAAAUUUUAAUAAGAUCAAGUGUUCAUUGGUAAUCGAACGUGCUGAUAGUUAACUGAUCAUUAUUCAAUAUCAUUUUAUCUAUUCAGAAUAUAUGCUGACGUUUAUUCACUGACAUUGUUUGUUUGAAAUUCCUGAUACCCUAUUGAUGAAGGUUCUCCUGGAUGUCAUUAUCAAUAAUUGUUAUUUAGUGAUUCACUACACUUGUUUACGAACAAAUAGUUUCUUCCCUGUAAUAACCUUUUAAUUGACUGUCACUGGUGGAUUGUUUCGAUUUGAUUGAUUAAAAUCAAAGUGACACAAACUCUUUUGAUUGAAUGUCAACAUUCACACUUUUACAUUUGAAUUUUAUUUCAAUAAAAAUUCUGUUAGACUAUUCCAUCAUUGUUCUAAAU